AUGUAUAAAUCGGAAAAAAUUGAUGUAGAUAUUUUACAAAUGAUGAAACUUUCUCACAUAAGAUUAUUACUCUACAAUUUUCCGCUGGGCAUACAAAUACGUUUCGAAUAUAACUUAGAACAAUGGCGCAAAGAUAUCGGACGACCUUUUCAACUAGCGGUGCCAUUAAGUGAUAAUCAAUUUGCUACGAUGACAACAGAACGUAACUUUAAAGAUGAAAUAUUUCAAAAUAAUCUAGAAAAAAACGAAAUACAAACUGAUGUAAAAAAUUACAAUUCAAAUACUAUAACACAAACAAAUCAAGAAAAUAACAUUAAAGGUGCAGAAGAUGCUGGCGACAGUGUUUCGGAAGAUGAUCCAUUGAAAGAGAUAAAUUUAACAGCGGAACAAUUAAAAAAAGAUAAAUCGACUACAUUUAAGACUCCACAAACAACAACAACAAAUGUAGAUCUACGUACCAUUUUAUUACAUUCUGAAAGUGGUCUUGGUCUUAUUAAGAACUAUCGUUUUCGCAGACGUUUCUCAAAUACAGAACGUAGACUUUUAAUUUCCAUCAUUGUUAAAUAUCAUUUGGAUUAUAAUCUUGAAUUUAAUAAACAGAUAAGUUAUGCUUUAGAACGAGAUAUUACGAAAAUGUUUCGUACUGAAAUGUUAAGUUUCUAUAGAACUUCUACAAGUGAUAAAAUCUAUAAGAGCUAUAUAAAAGCUAAGACCGCCCGUGGACAGGAAGGCGCUAAUUAUGUAAAUCAAUCGAAUACUCAUAGUAUGAAUAAUGUAUCAAGAGUUCAUGAAACAAAUAAUGAAGUGGAAGAGUAUCCAUUUGAGAACCAGUUAAUGAAUGAAGAUUACACUACGAAUUCUUCCAUAAAGUCUAAUGUUUCGCAUUUCGAAAAGGAAUAUAAUGAAAGUAUUGCCAGCGAUAACAAUACAUCUGUAAUGGAUUUUAUUAAAGUUGAACCAGAAGUUAUAAGUGAUACAUCUUCUGUCGAUUCAAUGGCGCUGGCAUAUCAAACCUAUAAGCAUAAGCUAAAGCAAACUGUAGAAUGCGAACGACCCUUUAAAAGCUUUAGAAUACCCUGGCACAAGUUACCAUCAGAAAUUAUAAAUUUAUUAGAGAAUAAACAACCGUUGGGAAAAGGUUUAAAUGUUAUAGCAAAUUUAAUUGUUGAUGAAUUGCGUUGCAUUUCAACUCAUAUACCGUUGCGUAUUUUCCGCCUAAUAGCCCAACAGGCAAUCAACAAAUAUCCACAUGCCUUUUUGGACAAAGAUAGCAUAGGAAGACUUAAUCCACUAUCAACGACAACGGUGCCGUUGUUGUCGAGAAUGCGUAAUAGAAAUAAUAAUUUAAAUCGUGAGAAAAAUCUUGCGAAAAUUUUUCUAGAGGAAGAAAUAGAUAUAAGCACUCUAACCAUAAUGAAGUUGUCACACAUCAAAUCCCUACUUAGCGGCUUUACGCUCGGUAUACAAAUACGUUUUGAACACAAUUUAGAACAAUGGCGACAACGUAUUGGAAGACCGCUUAAAAGUCCAGCAAAUAAUGAAAUAAUUCGCUAUAAUGAAUUUAACGUUUCAAGACCAACACAAGAACAUUUAAAAGCUGACAUUAACUUAAAAGAAAUUCUUAUGAAAUGUCAACCCGAAGGACCAGAACUUUUAGAUAUAUAUCGUGAUAAACAGACAUUUUCCAAUCCCGAACGUAACUUUUUAAUUGAACUCAUUAUCAAUUAUUAUUUAAGAAAUGAUUUAGCUUUUGAUUUAUAUAUCAGUUAUGAUUUGGAAAAUGCUAUAUGUUCACUGUUUCCAAAUGAAACUUUGGAUCAGUAUAGAAAAUCGAAAGAAGGUAAAAUUUAUGUUAAAUAUUUAGCAGCAAAAGCUAAAUAUCAAAACAAAGAAUGUAAUAUGGACAAUGAUGUGACCUUUAAAAGAGAUGAAGAAUUGACCACGGAAAGUGUUAAGCGCUUAAAGAAAACUCAUGAAGCCAGUCAAAAUAAUAUGGCUUCAGAUUCUACUAAUGACAAUAAAAAUAUAAAUUCUACUCUUUCUACUGGAAUACCAACAGAAAUCCUAUUACAGACGGUUUAUAAUGAUUGUAAAAAAUUUGUUAAAAUCUUGCAGCCUUUCGUAUAUAAAGAUUUUUUCUCAGCAGUUUGUUCCACUUUUAAUAUAGUGAAACGGAGAAAUUUUUAUGCAGCCAUUAAUGAGUGUGAAAUUUCUGAAAAUGAUUUCAAAAAUAUCAUUUUACAAUAUUAUAAAUUACCCACUUUUUGCAUCGAAUUAAAGGAGAGAGUUAAUCAUGCUCUAGAUGCCAAACUAGAACACGUUGAAAACACAUGUUCUCAAGCUGAUUUCUAUACACAAUCGAGUCCGUAUCCCGCAGCAAAGACCUUCAAUGCAAAUGAGAACCACAAUACUACGGUACAGAUAAUCGUUAAUCAUCUACCAGAUGCCAAUGAUAUACGUAAUAUACCUUCACUAUUGCCCAUAGUCAAAAUGUCCGAUGACGGUAGACCAUUGGAAAAUAAACAUCGUACUACAAUUGCUAAGGCCAUUAUAGAUGAAUGUCUAAAUUUUCAACCUGAAAGAGUACUCAAACGUCAAGAUUUCUUUACUCUAACCGAUAAUUUGAUACAGGCGUUUCCCAAUGAAAUAGCUUCUGCCUAUUUUAUACCCUCUCAACCCAAUCAUGCGGCUCGUGGUAAACUCUGGAAUGCCUACAACAAUAAACGUAGUUUUCUAGGUAGCUCGGGUAUAGUGCAACGACGCCAGCAUAAUAAUGCCAAGAGAAAACAUCAAUCGGAUGAAGAUGAAGGUGGCAGUGAAAGAACUAAUGACAAAGUUUACCACACAGACAAUGCAGUGGAAUGUAAAGAUUUUGCCAUAAAUUCAAUACUCGACUGGGAUACUUUACAACAGAAAUGGUCGGAUAGUCAUCAAGAGAGAAGAAAAGAGCUGUUACGUGAUAAAAUGCCACCACAAUACUAUAUGCAAAAAUAUUCGAUAUUGAAAUCAAAUCGUGGUAUUGAUUUAAUGGAAAUUGAUGUUAAUAUUUUACAUCCCACUGUGGUCAAUAUUAAUAAUUGGUUAGCGCUGCAUGAGAAAGUUAUCGAAAUGGGUCGUAAAUUGCAAAAGAUAGAGCAGUUGCCUAGACUUUUGGAAAAUAUCAAUAGUUCAAAUGAUGAAAAAUAUCGCGCCAGUUUAGCUUUAUUAAUACUACCCUAUAUAUUUCCCUAUAAUGCUAGACGCAAUGAAUUCAAUGAAAAAGCCUCCAAAGUUGAGAUACAAAAUAGAUUUAUUAAAGAAUUUGCUUCUCUGGAUGAUUUAAGAGCCGACACCGACUGCGCCGAUUUACAAAUACGUUUUGUCCACUUUAGUCAACAAAUAAACUAUGCGGAGUUCAAAAUAUGUGGUCAUAUCUUUAAGUGUGUAGAUUUGUUGGAAGCCUUAAGUUCACUUUUUCAUUAUACGGUGGCUUUGAAUAUAGAAUAUCCUAAAAUUUGUCUACACAUUUGGCAAUUUAUACAGUUGGCCAUAUUUCAGAUUGAAAUACAGGGCUAUAAACAGCCAAAUGUGGAGAGUAUUAUUAAUGAUUUGUAUAUGAUUUAAGUUAAGAAAAGAACAUUUUUAAUAAAUCAGUGUUAAUAUUAAAUGUAUUAUAUUAAUUAUUAAAAA